ACCCCGCCGGGGAGGACCUGGAGAGCCUGAUGCGGUGCCUGAGCCAGGGCGGGGUGUCCCUCAUCGGGCAGCGGCGGUUCCUGACGCAGGAGCAGUGCCGAAAAUCCUUCCUGCGGCGCAACAAGAACCCACACAUCAACGAGAGGGUGCACGCCGUGCGGGCGCUGCAGAGCACGCUCAAGGCGAAGCUGGUGGAGCUGGAGGCGCUGGAGCAGCUGCUGGGAGAGGCUUCGCUCACCUCGGACACCUUCAGGCGCUGGAAGGAGGAGCACCAGGAGCUGUACCAGGAGCUGCGGGAGGGGUGGGCAGGGCGGCAGCGCCAGGGCCACGACGGGGGGCUCGGGGGCGAGCAGGACCCCCCUGGAGAGGCGGCUGGACCUUGACAUCCCACCAGGACCUGGCGUGGAUGGGUGCUGGCAGAGCUCGGGGGGCAGAGGACAUUUUUGGAAGGCUCAUCGCUCAGAGACAGUGGCUCCUGCUGCAUCCACCUCCCUCCCCGGGGUGAGGGCGUCGCUGUGACGAGUCUUUUACUUUUUCCCAAGGACACUUUUGAGUCUUACUUUUCCCAAGGACAUUUUGGUUUGGCAGAGGGAAGGGGGGGGGCUGUUCCUAGAGGGACGUGCCCCACGCUGUGGUGCUGUGCCAAGGUGGGGGGCUCUUGUGAUGUAAAUAAAUCGUGUU